CCCAAAAACCCAAAGCAAAGGCCUUUUCUUGACAGCCAUUCUCCCCUGCACACAGCGAAUCCAACUCUUUUUCUCUCUCACAAACUCCAUUAAACUCCUAAAAUAAUUCAUCAAGUUUCUAUCUUAUUUCUUUAAAUCUCUUAUUUUUGGUUCUGUUUAAUCAUAAUAUAUAUUUUUAUUUUUUGUUCAAGCCAAAAGUCAAAAUCUUAUUGAUAUAUCCCUCUUUGUAUCUUUGGAAUUUUGUAGACAGGUAGAUCGGUGUUUGUAAAUAUCAAGAUUUUUAGGAGGGGUUAUGAUACACGUUGCUUACUAUAGGAGGGCUUGAGAGUGACUGAAUUAUAUGGAUAAUUUAUGCUGCUUCAAGUCAAAGUUCUCGAAGCUUGCAGGAGGACGGUCAUCAUGUAGCUCUGGCAAAGGAAGAAGCAAUCAAGGGCCUACCAAGUAUGGCUUCAGCCUGGUUAAGGGGAAAGCUAAUCAUCCCAUGGAAGAUUACCAUGUUUCUAAAUUUGUCCAAUUGCAUGGACAUGAACUAGGACUUUUUGCUAUUUAUGAUGGGCAUUUGGGAGAUAGCGUGCCUGCCUAUUUACAAAAGCAUUUGUUUUCCAAUAUCUUAAAUGAGGAGGAUUUUCGGAAUGACCCUCAUAGGGCAAUUCUAAAAGCAUAUGAGAGAACAGAUCAGGCUAUUCUUUCACACACUCCUGAUCUUGGAAGAGGUGGCUCCACUGCCGUGACUGCAAUUCUUAUAAAUGCUCGUAAGCUAUGGGUAGCAAAUGUUGGGGAUUCGAGAGCAGUCCUUUCUAGGAGGGGUCAGGCCAUCCAGCUCUCGAUUGAUCAUGAACCAAACACCGAGCGAGAUGACAUUGAAAAUAGAGGUGGUUUCGUCUCAAACAUGCCAGGAGAUGUUGCUAGAGUGAAUGGCCAACUAGCUGUAUCUCGCGCUUUUGGAGACAAAAACCUGAAAUCACACUUGAGCUCUGAUCCUGAUGUAACAAAUGCUGAUGUUGAUGCGGAAACAGAUCUUCUCAUACUUGCAAGUGAUGGUCUAUGGAAGGUAAUGUCUAAUCAAGAGGCAGUUGACAUCGUGAGGAAGGUCAAAGAUCCAGAGAAGGCAGCCAAGCAGUUAGCAAUCGAAGCAUUGGUCAGAGAAAGUAAAGAUGAUAUCUCAUGCAUUGUUGUCCGAUUUAAGGGGUAAUUUUGAUCCAUGGGAAUUUAUCAGUGUGCAGUAUAUAUAUUUAUUAGAGGGGUAUUUGUUAGAUGAGGCGCGUUUUAUAGACUGACAGACAGCAUUAAGUCUCAGACAAUCCUGCAUAAAUUAUUAAAAUGUUUCCACAAAAGAGAUUAUGCUAUGUUCCUCUCCCCCAACACUCUGUAAUAUUUAAAUUCUUUACUCGGGCCGUGUGGUUGUUAUGUGUUGAUUUAUUCAGUUUGUAGAUUCUCAGAAUCA